AUGAAUCAAGAGGUCAAACCUCGUCGGAAGCCCGACAACGAUCGCAAGCUCAACGGGUCUAAACCAACCAACACAACACUCGAGGAUGACUUCGCAAGAGAGCACAUUACUGGAGGAUGGCGCCCUGGCAUGGACCCCAAAGUCGAUUACUCCGGACAUUUCGAAUUUGGUGGCUCUCUCGGAAACCUAGCGCUCAUGAUCGGGUUCCCUCUUCUGAUGUACUACAUGUGGAUUGGCGCUACAUUCUACGAUGGAAAGCUUCCUCUUCCCCAAAACGGACAAUCGUGGAAGGAUUUCGGGAUACAAUUGCUUCAAAUCGUCCAUACAGAGGCAUACCCUCACUUCAGGGCGUGGCGCAUCUACUGGACAUACUACAUCUUUGAGGGGGCAUGCUAUGUCCUCUUACCCGGAUUCACCUGCUACGGAAAGCCUCUUCUUCAUCUGGGAGGGAAACAACUGGAGUAUCACUGCUCUGCAUAUGCCAGCUUCUACUUCACCAUACUGGUCAUGAGCAUCCUUCAUUACACCGGCUUCUUCCCAAUUUAUACUUUCUUGGAUGAGUUUGGGCCACUCCUUUCAGUGGCGAUCAUUUCGGGUUUCAUUGGCAGCUUUGUCGCUUACUUCUCUGCCUUCGCGCGAGGUGCACAGCACCGAAUCACUGGAUACCCCAUCUAUGACUUCUUCAUGGGUGCUGAAUUGAACCCACGUAUCUUCGGCGUUUUGGACUUCAAGAUGUUUCACGAAGUGCGCAUCCCGUGGUACAUUCUCUUUGGCUUGAGUUUCGCAGCUGCCACCAGGCAAUAUGAGCGCUACGGAUAUGUCUCUGGAGAAGUCCUCUUUCUAGUGAUGGCACACUUCCUUUACGCCAAUGCCUGCAGUAAGGCCGAGCAUCUUAUCACGACAACCUGGGACAUGUACCAGGAGAAACUGGGCUUCAUGUUGAUCUUCUGGAAUAUGGCGGGUGUGCCUCUUUCCUAUUGCCAUUGCAUCCUAUAUCUUGCCAAUCGCCACCCCUCGACAUACGCCUGGAACAAGUAUGCGUUGGUGGCACUGUUCGUGUCAUACCUGUUCGUUUAUUGGGUCUGGGAUACAACCAAUAGCCAGAAGAACUCUUUCCGCAUGAUGGAGCGAGGUACAUUUGUCAAGCGCAGAACAUUCCCUCAGCUUCCUUGGCAGGAGGUUUCCAACCCGAAAACUUUGGUGGCAGAGAACGGCGAUACCAUUCUCGUCGAUGGCUGGUAUGGACUGGCCCGCAAAAUCCACUACACCUGCGAUGUGUUCUUUGCGCUGUCUUGGGGGUUGAUUACUGGCUUUGACAGUCCCUUCCCUUGGUUUUACCCAGUUUUCUUCUGCGUCAUGAUCCUCCACCGUGCCAGAAGAGAUAUCACUAAGUGCAGGAAUAAAUAUGGUGAGACUUGGAAGCAGUACGAGAAGACGGUGCCAUACCUUUUCAUUCCUUAUGUUAUCUAG